AUGGCUCGUGGACACCGCGUACCAUCACCCGUCGACAGCGACAGCGAGGAAGACCCGAUGGACGAUGGUGAUGGUGAUGAUGAUGAUGAUGAUGAUAGCGAUGGUACGGCCUCCGAUUUCAGCGGAGAGACCGGCCUGACGGACCCGGCUGAUUACGGGGAAGACGGCAAGAAUGACGCCAGCGAUCUGGCUGGUCUGCUGGCGGGCGACGAGCACCUUCCAGAGUACUAUAUGGAUAUGAUGACCGACCCAGACGGAUCCUUACUCCAAUACGAUGAAUACGCGCCCAACUCUCGGAAGCUGCUCGACCGCAUCGAGCAGGAAUGGUUCAAAUUCUGCGCCUGCGUCAAGCGGGACCCCAAGGAGAUGUAUCAGCGGAUGGACGUAAAGAUGCUAUACACUUUCUUCCGCUGGGUGCUGAACCAACGUCGCGGCAAGGGUGGGAGACGACGCCAGGGGCUCAAAUACCAGAGCUCCCUGGAGACGUACUGGAAGAUCUUCCGUCUGGUCUACGAGAGGGAGAUGCAGGAGAAGAUCGACCGGGAGAUAUCGCUGAGGGUGAUCAAAAAUGUGAUCCCAAAACUGGCGCGGCUGUACCAUCUCAAGAAGGGGCGGCGGAAGAAGUCGGUCAUCUAUCUGGACGACCUCGUCAAGGUCGUCGAGACGACCGUCGCCACCACCAAGAAGAAGUUCGGUCACGGCCGGCAGCGGAUCCUGCUCUGCCUGUUCUUCCAGCUGGCCGGGUUCUCGGCCAAUCGACCGCAGGAGUUGCUGAAUCUGUGCUACCGGCACAUCAAGAUCACCCUCCUGAAGGACCCCGAUGGCGGGCCCAAUAACAUCCUGAUCGAGUUUACCAUUGAAUUCGCCAAAACAUUCCUUGGAGAGAAGGAGGAGACCACAUUUAUAGUCCCGGAGAUCAUCUUCGACCCGUCCCUGGUCCUCAGCCCCCACGUCACCCUUCUUGGGCUCCUGUUCGCCGAUCGCGCAUUCGCCCCUCUCGACGGCGAGAGGGUUCUCACUUCGGCACGACAACUCGUCGACCUGAAGAUACCGAAAGAUACCUACCAGCUCGAGCUCCACUUGGACCCGGCCGUGAACGAUGUCCCGGUGUUCCGGAAGUCUGAGCGGACACUGGAAGCGAUCGAGAUAUCGGCCAUUGACGCGCUGACGUACGGCACCAUCAAACCCUGGAUCAGGCGGAUCGGGGAGAUAUCUGCGUUCCGCGACAUCGUUCGGCCGUACAGCCUGCGGUAUGGUGCCGGCAAGGCGCUAGAUAACAGCGGGCACGUCAGCGAAGCGGUUCGCAGUCUGAUCUUCCAGCACUCAGACCCCCGUACGUUCCUCAAAUACUAUCUCCACAGGAAGGUGGACAAGGACGUUCGCGCCAUCGUCCAGGGUCUGGACCCGCAGGAACACAUCAUGCGCGCGGCGUGCCGGAUGCUCCGCUCCGUCAAUCCGCGCCGGCCGCAGGAACUGACCGCGGGCCAGUCGAGGUCGGUCAACCAGCAGCCCCACAUCCAGGAACUCAUCCGGAAACGCGAUCUGCUCAGCAGACGCCUUGGGCGACCCCUCAAGAAGCACAAGGGGACCGUCAAGUACGAGCUCCACAAGAAGAUCAGCUGUGAGCUGGCAGGCGCACGCCAGCGGGCGAGAGACAAACUCCUACGUGAUGUACAGGAAAAAUUUGACUUCGAGGAGCCCCUGCGCGAGAUCAAGCGACAGCUGUCCGGGAUCGAGGUCUCAAAGACAUUCGGUGAGUCUCGGAGCACCAAUGAGAAAGUCCCGCCCCCGCAGCGACGAAUGAUCUCGGCGCUUCUCUCGCUGCCCUGCGAGACGCUGCGGGACGAGAUGCUCCGACGCACCGAGGGGAUCGACGCGGUUGCGGCAUACUGCCUCUUCGAGGAGGGGGAUACUUGCCGACUCCCGCAUGACAAGAGACCUACCGCCCUGGCGCUUCGGAGGGUCAGGGUGGAGGUGCACAUUCCUCCGCCUCCCAGCCAGAGGGAGAUCGCAGCGGGGGCCGUGAUGAAGGACCAUCGGCCACUCUACUGCUUCAUCUGUCUGGAUAAAUUCUCCACCCACGGUGGGGUGACCAAGCACCUCGGACGUAAACACCUCCAGCGCAUCCAGCCUGGAGAUACGAUCAGAUGCCCGCGCUGUGAUGUGGUCCUCGAGAGCAAGAUGGAACUUCAGAGCCACGCCUACCAUAUCCACAGCACGAAUCAUAACUUUAAGAUUUUGUGUGACAAGGAACUGCUUCUCUCUUUGCUUUUUCCCAUCUGGGCAGCUAAGGGCGGUACAUACUGUACCUACGCCACCAGUCAGGACACGAACACACGCUCUCAGCUACACAUAAUCUGGUUCAAUCUCUACCUGAACCCUUUUCAUCCAACCUACAGCGAAAUGCCACCGAGAAGCCGCGAUGACUUUGCGAUCGCGAUCAUCUGCGCCCUCCCACUCGAGGCGGAAGCGGUUGAAGCCCUGUUCGAUGACACCUAUGAUCGGCUGGGGAAACACUACGGCAAACAACGAGGCGACGCGAAUGCAUACAUCAACGGACGGAUUGGCCGGCAUGAUGUAGUCCUUUGCUACCUGCCGGGGAUGGGAAAAGGCAAUGCAGCAGGUGUUGCCUCCAGCCUGCGAGUCAGCUACAGUAGAAUUGAGCUUGCGUUGGUUGUUGGUAUCUGCGGAGGAGCCCCGCCGCCACCCAAGUACCAAGAGAUCUUCCUUGGUGAUGUGGUCAUCAGUGAUUCAGUGAUCGAAUAUGACUUCGGCCGACGAUACCCUGGUGGUUUUCAGCGGAAGACUGGUGUCAAGGACACACUAGGCAGGCCAAGUCGAGAGAUUAGGGCUCUUCUAAAUAGCCUUCGUGCGGAGAAUGGUCGCAGGGAAUUUCAGGCCCAGACGCAACACUAUCUUCACUCCCUUCAACAAACAGGGACCAAGUGGCGUCAUCCCGGGGUUAAUGACAUUCUUUUCAAGGCCCACUAUCUCCAUAAGCAUUAUAGUGAUGCUUCGCCUGUUAUGUGCUCCUGUCUUGGAGAUGAUGCACCAGAUCAAAUCUGCAAGGACGCACUAGGGAAGGACUGCAACGUGCUUCAUUGCGACCAAGGUCAGUGGAUCCGAUGUCGAGAGGUCUUGGACGCCAUCCAGACCUCUAUAUAUAUUGGUCCUGUUGCCUCUGCCGACAUGGUGAUGAAAUGUGGACAGCAUCGGGAUGAGAUUGUCCAAAGAGAGAAGGUCAUUGGGUUUGAGAUGGAGGGGGCAGGGGUAUGGGACAAUGUUCCAUGUAUUAUCAUCAAGGGUGUGUGUGACUAUGCCGACAGUCACAAAAACAAGUUGUGGCAGGCAUAUGCAGCCGCGACCGGAGCGUCGGCGGCAAAGGCAUUCUUGGAGUACUGGAUGCCGACCAACCAUAAAGUCGAUGCAAGCAAAAACCGCCACAUGAUGAUCCCCUUUGCGAAAAAUCCGCAUUUCGUGGGCCGCCAGGAGGAAACUCAGAAAUUAGAGGAUCUAAUUACUGUGCCAGACGGACCAAGAAAGCUUGCUAUUACCGGAUUAGGCGGUGUGGGGAAGACUCAAAUCGCUCUGGAGCUAGCGUACCGCAUGCGAGACCGAGAACCUGAAUGUUCGAUCUUCUGGAUCCCGUGCACCAGCUACGAGGCUGUUGAACAGGCUUUUAUGACUAUUGCACAAGUGGUGGGGCUCCAUGAUGUAGAGCCGGUAGAAGUGAAAGAGCAUCUGAAGACUUACUUCGAUCAAACAGACAAGAAGUGGAUCCUGAUCUUUGACAAUGCAGAUGACAUGGAUAUGUGGAUCAAGGGCAACCCACCAGCACCACCACUCAAGAAUAUCAUCCCUCGAAGUGAGAAUGGCCAUGUACUCUUCACGUCCCGCAACCGAAAGCUCACAACAAAGCUGGCAUCGCCCAAUAUUGUCUCCGUUCCUGAUGUCGACCAAACAACCGCCAAGAAGAUAUUGGAAGAACUACUAAUCCAGAAGUGUUUGCUCCGCGAUGACUGUGAGGAGGAGGGGAGCAUAAUAGAACUGCUCGGAGAGGAGUUUGAGGAUGAUGGACGCUACGAAGAGAUCCAGAAUCCAAUAGCCACAACCUGGCUGGUCUCCUUUUUGCAGAUUCAGCAGGUAGAUGAAAUCGCCAGCGACUUUUUAUCAUUCAUGGCCUGUAUUAGUCCACGGGAGAUACCCGAAUCUAUCCUUCCGCCCACAACGUCAGCAAAAAGAAGAGUGGAAGCAUUGGGUCUUCUUAAAGCAUACUCCUUCAUCAGCGCACAGGUUAAUGAGAGUAUUCUUAGUCUCCACCGGCUAGUGCACCUGGCUACUCGAAAUUGGUUAAGGAAAAACAAAACAUUUGAGAGUUGUGUAAAGACAGCUGCGGAGCGGUUAAAUGAGAUUUUCCCUGAUGACAGCCAUGACAACCGACACACAUGGAGGGAGUUUCUACCUCAUGUACUGAACUUGGCAGACAGCGCAGAAUUCCAGGCUCAGCAAGGUUACUUUCAUGAUUUCCUGGAAAGAAUAGGAAGAUGUCUGCAGAGUGAUGGAAGAUAUACUGAGGCGGAAACUUUGUUCCGAAAUGUCCUGGAAAUCCGAGAAAGAGCUUGGGGACUGGAGCAGCGUAAUACUCUCAGCAGUGUCAGCAACCUUGGUUCAGUACUUGCACGGCAGGGCAAGUAUGAGGAAGCCGAGGCCAUGCACCGGCGGGAUUUGAUAGGGUCUGAGAAGGUCCUUGGUCCUGAGCAUCCUGAUACUCUCGCCAGUGUCAGCAACCUUGGUUCAGUACUUGCACGGCAGGGCAAGUAUGAGGAAGCCGAGGCCAUGCACCGGCGGGAUUUGAUAGGGUCUGAGAAGGUCCUUGGUCCUGAGCAUCCUGAUACUCUCGCCAGUGUCAGCAACCUUGGUUCAGUACUUGCACGGCAGGGCAAGUAUGAGGAAGCCGAGGCCAUGCACCGGCGGGAUUUGAUAGGGUCUGAGAAGGUCCUUGGUCCUGAGCAUCCUGAUACUCUCGCCAGUGUCAGCAACCUUGGUUCAGUACUUGAUGACCAGGGCAAGUAUGAGGAGGCCAAGGCCAUGCACCAACGGGCACUUCAAGGUCGUGAAAAGGUCCUUGGUCCUGAGCAUCCUAAUACUCUCAUCAGUGUCAGCCACCUUGGUUCAGUACUUGAUGACCAGGGCAAGUAUGAGGAAGCCGAGGCCAUGCACCAACGGGCACUUCAAGGUCAUGAAAAGGUCCUUGGUCCUGAGCAUCCUAAUACUCUUAGCAGUGUCAGCAACCUUGGUUCAGUACUUGCACGGCAGGGCAAGUAUGAGGAAGCCGAGGCCAUGCACCGGCGGGAUUUGAUAGGGUCUGAGAAGGUCCUUGGUCCUGAGCAUCCUGAUACUCUCGCCAGUGUCAGCAACCUUGGUUCAGUACUUGAUGACCAGGGCAAGUAUGAGGAGGCCAAGGCCAUGCACCAACGGGCACUUCAAGGUCGUGAAAAGGUCCUUGGUCCUGAGCAUCCUGAUACUCUCGCCAGUGUCAGCAACCUUGGUUCAGUGCUUGCACGGCAGGGCAAGUAUGAGGAGGCCGAGGCCAUGCACCAACGGGCACUUCAAGGUCGUGAAAAGGUCCUUGGUCCUGAGCAUCCUAAUACUCUCAUCAGUGUCAGCCACCUUGGUUCAGUACUUGAUGACCAGGGCAAGUAUGAGGAGGCCGAGGCCAUGCACCAACGGGCACUUCAAGGUCGUGAAAAGGUCCUUGGUCCUGAGCAUCCUGGUACUCUCACUAGCAUGCACCACCUUGCCUUUACUCUCAAACAACUUGGAAAAUUCUCAAAUGCCUUAAGCCUUCUGAAGAAAUGUGCAGACCUCCGCAACCAAGUAUUAGGGUCCCAUCAUCCCCACGCGAUAUUCUCAAGCAAUGCCUUUCGUGCUUGGGAAACAGCACCACACCAGUCCACAGCAACUCAGCAACCAUGUGCCUUGUCAGAUAAUCCGCCCCCUAACUCAAAUCCAGGCCACGCUUCUGGCGAUGAUCAUAUCCCCUCAGCUUCAAAACUUGUUGGCCGGAAACGCCGAGUCUUCAUGGAUUUCUUUCGCAGACAAUGA